AUGUCUUCCUGCACCUGCCACGGAUCCUUCCCCACCCCGGCCCAGCCGCCCAAGUACACCGACAUGCAGGCCAUCGCUGCCGUCGUCAACCCCGACACUGUCGACCGUGGAGACAGCGUUGACCAGCAGGUCAUCCUGUUCCAGUCCCUUCCCAACGGCACCCUGGGCUUUGACCAGGUCCAGUUCAACGGCGACCAUGGUGAUCUCAGCAAGCAGAACGAGGAUGGUGUCAUUGGCUACUAUGUCAACCCCUCCAAGAUGGUUCCUACUCUCAAGUUCGGUUCCAGCUUGGCCACUGUGGUCUUGGAUGACGUUGUCCGCACUUAUGGCGUCUUCGAGGGAGACAGCUCCGUUUGGCUGCUCAGCCCUAUCGUGAUGCCCCUUGCCAACGCCACCAUCCCUUACAAGUCUAUCGCUGCGGCCGGUGAUGGCAACAAGGCGGGCAGGCUCUUCUGGCAGGAAAAGCGCAGUGGCCCCGAUGGCACCUACUUCCAGCUCAAGGCUCGGGAUCUCCAGUCCAGAGAUGACGGUGCCGUCUGGGUCGAGGGCACCAAGGACUCCAAGGAGGGCACCCACCUUGCUGCCUUCUACGAUGGUGAGGACUUCUGGGUUGUCUACCAGAACACUGCCGAGGAUGACAACUCUGGCGAGGACCGCGACUUCAUCAAGGCUGUUGCCCUCACCGGAACCACCCAGGGCAACAUCAUCCCCGGUAGCAGCGACAAGAUCAACGGCCGCAUCGCCCGUAUCGCCGCCUGCCGCGCCGACAACAGCGACCGCGUCUGCGUCUACUUCACCGACCAGUACAACAAGCUCCACCGCAGCUGGGCCAAGUGCAACCAGGACAGCACCGUCACCUUCCAAAAGGACGUCAAGGACGUCAAGGGCUUGAUCAUCAACAAGAAGUCUGGCCUGUCUGCUUUGGCUUCUCCCCUUGACAAGAGGAACGUCAUCUACGCUGUCACUGGCACCAACAACAAGAUCAGCUUUAACUCGGAUAAGUGGGAGUGA